UUGUGUGUAAACACCGUUACGCGUGCAGUCAGCGUAGCUCUCGUCGAUAUUUGGCACAAAACGUAAGAAAUGGCUAAUCCAAUUGUAACGGAUAUGACUGAAGAGGAUGCGGCGGACCUCCAAUUUCCGAAAGACUGUCCGUCGAGUUUCGCAAAUGAGUCGGAACACGAUAUUGAGCUCGAGGUAUCAGUCGUGAAGGAAGAAAUCCUUACUUCAGACCCCGCGUGUUGUGUGUGUAAAUCGACACUGUGCGAGCCAUACAUAAAGUGCGCCGAGUGUUUGAACAUUGAAAUAUGUCCCAACUGUUUUUCAAACGGUGCCGAAAUCGAGGGGCAUAAAAAUAACCAUAAUUACAUUAUAAUAAAGAACGAAUUUCCACUUAUACCUGGUUCCAAUUGGUCUGCCAGAGAGGAACUCGAACUUUUGGAUGUCUUGCAAGAGUGUGGAUUCGGCAAUUGGGACGAUAUAUCGAGGAGGUUGCAGAACAAGUCGCCAGACGAUUGCAGGAAGCAUUACCUGCACAAUUUUAUAGACAAUCAAAAUUUACCUGGUUUACCCUACAUAAAAGAAACCGAGAUCAGCUUGUUCGGAUCCGAGGCUGUACCGUAUCUUUACAAACUUCAAGACCUUGAAGACCCGCCAAGAUUUGCCUGUAAUACGAUAAACUACAAAUUAUUGGCAGGAUACAAUGCAGCUAGGUCAGAUUUCGAAGUAAACUUUGACAAUUAUGCUGAAUUGUUAGUCUCAGAUUUAAAGUACGAUGAAUUUUGUCCGGCUGACAAGCAUUUCGAGCUUGGAAAAAACCUCCAAGUUGCCAUAGUAAAUGCCUACAAUCACAGACUCAAAGAGAGGCAAAGGCGUAGAAAAAUUGUACGUAAUCAUGGGCUGAUUUCGUUCCGUAGAACCAUGUCGUGGCUUCAAAGGUACGAAUCGACUCUUACCAGGCCUUUGAUCGAAAGAUUACUAACAUUGAUGCAACUUGUCAGUGGGAUGGAUUUCGAUUACAUAAUCGAGGGUCUUCACCAUGCUGGAGAACUAAGGAAUUACAUUAGAAAAUUAUUUGAAUUUCGUCAGAAUGGUAUCACAAGGUUUCACUCAGUACCGAUGUUCCAAAAGUUGGCCAAGCUGCGCGCGGAACAUGAAAAAGAAAGAAAGCAGUAUCUGAGUAACACCGAAUAUUGCUGGCAGACUGUAUUACCCGGCUGCGUUGUAAAGACUACACCUCAUGUUGCAGCAAAUGUUCCCCAACGUAAAGCACCACCACCCCUUGUAAUUCAAGGGCUUCCUGGAUACGACCGCCUAACUCCGGCUGAACGGGACCUUUGCUCAAAUGCUCGUGUUAUACCUGAGAGCUACUUUGACUUUAAAAACCUGUUGAUAACAGAGAAUAAAAAAUGUGGGAGCUUGAGGCUUGCUCAAGCCAGAGUUCUUCUGAAGAUUGAUGUUAACAAGACGAGAAAAAUAUAUGAUUUUUUGGCAGAAGAAGGAUACAUCAAUAAACCUGCUCAGUAAGACACGCAACUGGGCAAUUGAUCCGUUGCAGUUAUAUGUGAAUAUUGUUUUACACUUUGUCGACACUGUGAUAUUAACACUUUGCAAGGGCCCAUUUGGCGAAUGAAUAAAUGUUUAUGAUUACUUACUGGUUAACAUAGGCUAAGUCUUCAUUAUUUAUUACAAUGUACAAACUCAAGUCUAAGUCUUUUGUUAGCUUGUUCUUUUAUAGAAGAAUAGAAAUGUUACUGUUUUGGUGAAUUUAUGCAAAUCUUACUCUUCAUGACCCUUCCAACGUUCCA